CGUAAAUCGGAAUUGUAUAAAUUUUUAAGCGACUUAGAAAGAAAACCUCAAAAUCAUCGAACUUUCACAUUGCACUUGCACAACAGUUGACUUCCUCAAAUUCGUGUCAGCAAAUUAAUCUCUCAGCUCAUGGCAAUUGAGGUAAAUCCGUAAAGAUCAUUACAAUUUACAACAAUCCCACAGAAAAAAUUCAAAAUUUUGCAGUAAAUUAAGCGUUUCCUUAACGAAUUCGAUCUCUUUGCUUGUUUCCAGGCGUGGUUCAUGGAUGAGAGCUCAGAAGAUCAGAGGCUUCCACACCAGACGAACCCUCCAGAACACGUUUCCAUGGAGUAUUUGGCUGAUUUAGGAGUGCUUUAUUGGAAUCUGAAUCCGAAGAAUUUCGAAAACGAUGAAGAAUUGAAGAAGAUCAGAGAAAGCAGAGGAUACAGCUAUAUGGAUUUGCUGGACUUAUGUCCUGAGAAAGUGGAGAACUAUGAACAGAAGCUGAAGAAUUUCUACACAGAGCAUAUCCAUGGAGACGAGGAGAUUCGUUAUUGCUUGGAAGGGAGUGGGUAUUUUGAUGUCAGAGACAAGAAUGACCGUUGGAUUCGCAUCUGGAUGAAACCUGGUGAUCUUAUUGUUUUGCCUGCUGGGAUUUACCAUCGAUUUACCCUCGACACCAGCAACUAUGUCAAGCUGAUGAGGCUGUUUGUGGGAGAGCCGGUGUGGACAGCAUAUAACAGACCACAGGAAAAUCAUCCAGCAAGGAAGGAAUAUUUGAAGAAUUUUACUGAGAAAUUUGGAGUGCCACUUGAAGCUCACUGAUUCAAUCUCAUUUUAUAUUAAUAACUUGAGUACAAAAAGAGUUGUGCAUGGUAUCUAGAUGAUAUCUAAAUGAUAUCGUAACUCAAAAAAAAAAACAAUGAUACUAAUAGUCAUCAUGAUGUAAUCGAACUUUUUCUUAGUUCAUACUUCAUAUGUACUUUACAAUAAUUUCCUAUAGUCUAAACCAAGCUUUAGUAGAAAUUGAGACCAGUCAUCAUGCAUUCGUCCAGGCAUCGAAUUUUUGCAAGUACACAAUCAGCUAUAUGAUUAGCUUCUCCAUAAACAUUAAUUAUUCCGAUCUAUUUCCCGAUUAAUCUUGAGCCAGUAAAGUUGAUUGCUGGUUAAAUUGAGGGAGGAACAGCAAGGAAUGGGAUAAUACAAAUUUUGAGGUGCCGAAGUAGAGGGAAUGAACAUAUAUUUUCCAUUAAAAUGGGCUCACUGAUGAAGCCUGGCUGUUGAACUCCAAACCAGUUGGUUUUAUUAGUAUCAUUUGCAAUUGAACCGUUUUGCAUUAAAAAUAUCGUACAG